AUUGAUACAAGUUGUAAAAUUCUUGAUUCUCAUUUGAUAAUGGCAAGUGAUAGCGACAGUUCAAGUGAAAAUCUUCUAUCUCAAGCUCUGCCUGUUGCUGCCAUACCUAAGAACUUUGACCCAAGUGUACCCCCAUUGUCUGCUGAACAGUAUCUCCAGCAUGUAGUCUGGGAAGCACGGCAGUGUCAGGAUGUUGUGACAGUUGAAGUAGAUAAAAAGAAAAUACGUAAACAGGGGCCCUCUUAUAAAGGUAAGCAUGAAAAAAAGGUAAAAGCCACAGCCCCACAUGGCUAUGCUCCUAAUGCUGCAACUCAGAGAGAAUUACUGGCAUCCUUUUCUGAACUGCGAUCUCAGAUUGCUACCAUUAGAUCAUCAAAACAGAUCCCAAAAUGUCCAGUAAAGUUACCUGGUCUCAAAAACAGUGAAGAGUGGUGCAGAUUCUGCUUUGGCAACAGUUUCCAACUUGCAUUACUGAAUCAAGCCAACAAGGACACACCAAAGCCCAAGUUGGUAGAGGGUCAUCAGCCUCUCCUAAGCAUACUGCUCAAUAUUCCACAGAAAGGACUGGAAAAUCUACUUGAAUGGCAUGCCCAGUGGUUAGAGGUCUUAGGUUUCUCAGAAGCUCAAGGCCGUUGGUUCUAUUCAAUCCUUGCAUGCUUAGAGAAACCUCUCAUUCCUGAAAGCUGUUCUCAGAUUCGCCACAUUGCCAGGAUCUGUGCCAGCAUCAGAGCAAAACUGGACUCUCCAGACCAUCCGGAUUUGGCACAACUGAAUGUGAUUAUCUGCAUUGUGGCCAGGUAUUUCAACCAAGAAGACCUUGCAGAUGACUGGUAGGGUUUUUUGUAAAAAUCAUAAGGACAGUUUCAUAUGUGCAGAGGUAUUAAAGAGGAAGAGAAGUUUCGCCAUACAUUAGAAGUUGUAUUGUUUAAUGGCCUUAAAUAUAUUUUAUAUAUUUUUUUCAUGGAAUAAUGUAAAGUAAUCUAUAUUUUUUCUUUUUGAUGAAACCAUAUGUAUUUUGAAAAUACACAUAUGCUUGUAUAUAUUUUCAUUCAAGACAAUUGUCACAUUAAAUAAAUGGGAAAAAUUCAAAGUUUUCUUAAUUCAUAUGCAGUGACUCUAAAUUACAAUUUGUAAAAUCAUUUUACCUCAUUAUCAUUAUUAUCAUGUUUGGAUUUUGAAGCAUAAUAUUUGGUUCAACAUAGACUGUAAGUUACUUAGUUAUACAAUGGAAAAGUUUUAAUGAUUGUCACAUGAAAAACCAAUUUGAUAUCGGAAUAAAUAUUAUAUUGGGAUUUUUUCAAA